UGCUAAUUUAUUUCAGAAUAUUCAAGUCUGUUAUAAGACAAAGGUAAUGAGCCUCUUUCUUUCCUGACAGCAGAUAUAUUCAUAUCAACCUUUGCAUUUCAUCGUUGACAAAGUACAUUGAAUUGAUUUCUUUGCCGAUCCAGGAUAGAUCUGAAACUCAUAAAUAUUAUCCAUUUUAAAACUUCAUUUAUCCUUGAACAUCCAAGUUUGUAUUACAGAGUUGUACUUGCAUUGUGUGUUGAAACUAAGACCAUUGCAGUGUUGAAGACAUAAGUUAGCCAUUCAGGAACACAGAAAGACCGUUACUUUCACUUAAACAUUUAUUGUUUGUUAUAUAGUAUCAAAAUUUUCAUUGCCCAAAACCGCGAACCAGACACCAUCAAAUGUGUGCUACCUCUCAAGUUUAUAAUGAAACAAGAUUGUUGAGCCUCUUCUUUUCUGAUGGUAGAUGAAUUCAUAUAUUUUAACUUAUGCAUUUCAUUCACAACAAAGUACACUGGAUUGAUUUCUUUGUAAAUGUGGGAUGGACCCAAAACUCAUGAAUAUCAUAAAUGUAAAAAUAAGCAAACCCAAAGUAAAUCAUGAAAGAAUGAAAUAUAUUAUCUCUUUUGGACAUCUUUGACAACAAACUUGAAAGUUAUAUAUACAGGGAAUAUAAAGGUCACCUCUGUGAAUUUAAUUUUUUUCUUUUUCUUAUUCCAAAGGCACAAGUUUGAGAAUAUCAGUUUUAUUGAUAUUGCUGAAAUUAAGCAUCAAGAAAUGGUCCAUUGGAUAAUGAAAUAUAAAUGAAAAUCUUUAUAUAUGUGUGUGUAUGCAUAUAUAUGUAUAUGUAUACUUAAUUUAGUCAAUGUUGCAUGAGAGGAAACAUGAAUUUUCGUUGGCCUUCAUUUAUUCGUAAUGAUAGAACAGGAGACCCUACACAGGGAAAAUCUUGGAUAGAUUACAUCACAGAGAAAGUUCAUUUUGAUAAGAAGCAGCAUGUCAGUAGCCUUGGAAAUGAAUUAUAUAAAAAAGAAGAAAGUUAUAUUAGUUCUCAAAGUAAUCUCAUCAAAGAGGAGAAAAAAGAGAAAGAUGCCACGAAAAACCUUUUAAUGCAUUUUUCAAGCAACACAAGUCUCCAUGGAGUGAGGAAUAUAGCUGACAGUAACAAUACUCUGCUAAGGUUAUUUUACAUUGGCAUUGUGGCAAGUUUUAUGAUUAUAGUCUCAUAUUAUUUAAUAAAACUUUUCAUGAUUUACAACUCUCACCCAGUCAACAGGCAGUAUACAGCCAGUCUCCAGGAAAAGUUGAUGUUUCCUGGCAUCACCAUGUGUGACUUCCAUCCCUACAACUUAAGAAACCAGUCAAUAAUUUCCACCCUUCUAGAUGGACUACGUGCAAGAAAUUACACUAACCCUGUAUUUUCUCUAGAAGAAAAAACAAUAUAUACUCUGAUUUAUGCAGAUCAAAAUGAAGAUAUGGAAUCAAAGUUUAAUUCAAACGAAUUAUGCGCUGAUGAUUGGAGUUUCAGAUGGAUGGUUAUAGAUAAUGAUAUUUUGAAGUGUUAUACUUUCAAUACAGUCAACAAGACAGAACCUCAUAUUACCAAUAAACCUGGCAUUAAAUAUGGAUUGGAGAUUGUUCGAAAUUUUUCGGCUUUAUAUUCGGAUUAUACAACUGGGGUAAGGAUAUUUGUACACAGCCCUUUCAAAAGGGCUUAUGAACAAGACUGCAGUUUUUUUGCUGGCCCUGGAUUAUCUACAUUUGCUAUUAUUCAUCCACUGAAGUUAACUUUGCUUGGGUAUCCAUUCCACCCUAUCGAGGAGGACUGUGUAUCGACUGAGAAACAAAGUCUUCUGGAUGAUACCGGUUCAUAUAGUCAAGUGAAUUGUGAAGAGAAAUGCCGUGUGGAUUUCAUAAUCCAUUGUUGUAACUGCUCACCAAGUUUUGCAGGUGGAAAUAAUCGUAGAUGUACAUUUCGGGAAUAUAUAACCUGUGAAAAAAGUGCUACUGACGAAUUCUUUUCAAACAAAUCACAUUUGAAUAUGUGUAAUUGUAUCCGUAGCUGUUCAUUUACCUCAUAUUCUAUAAGUACAUCAGUAGCAUACUACCCACGGCCAGCACAUAAAUUGCCCACUAAAUUCAAAAUACAUCUUUAUUAUGAAAGUUUGAUUUUAAAAGAAAUGUCAGAACAAGAAAUGUAUACAUCAGAGGCAUUUUUAGCUCAAUUCGGUGGCCAGAUGGGACUUUUCCUUGGAGCAAGCCUUGUGACAGCCAUUGAAUUAGUAGAGCUGAUUAUUAUGGUUUUAUGGACACAAUUCCGCUGUUUGGUAAACUAUAUCCUUGCUGUAUUAUAACCUGUUUUUUUAUUUCUUUUAUUUUUAAACGCUGAUGCUUUGCAAUGCUUUAAAAUUUUGUUUAUAAAAAUUUCAUUAUUUUAAUUAUAAUAUAUAUAUUUUUCUUUCUA